AUGCACGUUUUUAGUGAUGAUGCCCGUGAUGAUGAUGAUGUCCAUGAUGGUGGUGGUGACCAUGGUGAUGGUGAUGUCCAUGAUGGUGAUCAUGAUGGUGGUCAUGAUGGUGAUCGUGAUGAUGGUCAUGAUGAUGAUCAUGGUGGUGGUGAUGUCCAUGAUGGUGGUGGUGGCCGUGAUGAUGACGAGCUUCUCCUUCAGGCAAAGGAUUUCCAAGUACUGCAUUUUUUUAAUGGUGGUGACCAUGGUGAUGAUGAUGCCCGUGAUGAUGAUGAUGCCCAUGGUGAUGAUGAUGUCCAUGAUGGUGGUGAUGACCAUGGUGGUGGUGGUGAUCGUGAUGAUGGUGGUAAUGAUGUCCAUGAUGAUGAUGGUGGUAAUGCCCGUGGUGAUGGUGGUGACCAUGGUGAUGAUGAUGUCCGUGAUGGUGAUGAUGUCCAUGAUGGUGAUGAUGGCGAGGCUCUGUUUCAGGUAUCGUAUGUCUUUAAUGGUGGUGUCCAUGGUGAUGAUGAUGCCCGUGAUGAUGGUGAUGACCAUGGUGAUGAUGAUGUCCAUGGUGAUGGUGGUGACCAUGGUGAUGAUGAUGAUCGUGAUGAUGGUGGUGAUGAUGUCCAUGAUGAUGAUGGUGGUGAUGUCCAUGGUGAUGGUGGUGACCAUGGUGAUGAUGAUGUCCAUGAUGGUGAUGAUGACGAGGUUCUAUUUCAGGUACAGGGUUGGCAAUGGUAUUUGUCAGCAGCAGCAUAG